CCCAACCUCGAGGAUCUCACACCCGAGGAGGCCAACCGUAUCAUUCACUCCCACCGCAAAGUGAGAUACGCGCCCCUGCCCAUCUCAUCUCAUCUCAUCCCAUCCAAUCCUCCCACUCUGCCUUGCCCAAGACAUUGCAAUAUUCCACCUCCUGCCAGUGCGCUGACGGGAUUCCUAGGCACUGCAUGCUGGCCAUGCAGACAGAGGAAAGUCAAGUGUGACAACAAGAGCCCCUGUGAGAACUGCGUCAAGAGAGAACAUCCGUCGCUCUGCUCUUACAAGCCCAACCGGUCAGCCACAAGCAAGAGUGGCUCGUUUGGCACCGAGUCCCUCACUCCGGGAAAGAAACGCCCACGGUCUCCAGAUGAUGCAGACACCCGAAGCCAGAGCAACGACCCUCGUGAAACCAUCAGCACUUACGAACCAGACACGGCCGAGACCACGCGUUAUGUUGGCCAGAACAGCAUACCAGCUUUGCUCAGAGAACGGACAGCAGCAAACGAACCCCAGGACGUCAACGAGAUACGCCAAGACAUGCGGUCCCUCCUCGGCCUCGACAACUCGGCACCCUUCCCGCUCAUGUCUUCCCGUCAUCUCGACCGGCUGACCUCUGACAUUUCGGCCGAACUUCCCUCUGACCGGGAAGUCAUGAAGUAUGUCACUGUCUCCUGUUCCAGUUGCGUCCUCCCACGCACACCCCGCUCACGUGUCUGCAGGCUAUUCCGAACCUACAAGGAGAUUCCCCAGCCAUUCUGGGGGUUUGUCAUUGACAUUGACGACCUUGAAUCUCGUCUCAUGGUGUACCUGGAGGACAGAGCCAAAAAUGCCAGGGCGUCCACCAAAGCCACGAAACCCGUCUCUGCGUCAUGGCUAGCCAUCUUGUUUGCCGUUCUUGCUGUUGGCUCACAGUAUCACGAUUCACCUUAUCAUGUGCGAACCCGGGACUCCCAAAAAUACAUCCAGAUAUCUUUUCACUUUCUUCGUCUUGGAAACUUCCUUUUGAGACCAAAUCUGGACUCCAUCCAGGCCUUGCUCAUGACGAGCUUUGUGUUGCUUAACGACAUGAAGGCCGAGGCAUCGUGGGCAUUGAUGGGCCUCACUUGCCGCCUAGCACAGUCUCUUGGCCUUCAUCGGCCACAACAACUAGAUGGUCGGCCGAGCCCAGAAGCAGAGAAGAGAGAGGUGUCACGCCGAAAACUUUGGUGGACUUGCCUAUGGCAUGAUACCCUAACAUCACUUUCCUUUGAUCGCUCCCCCAUCACCAACAUACCAUGUUGCCCUAUUCCCAUGUCCCAAACUGCCGAGACAGAGGGCUGGGCAUACCUCGAGGCCAUGUACCAUCUCUGCAAGAUCAUAUCUCAGCGGCUCAACCCCGACGCUGCCUCCAACGCUACGUACAGUCAGAUCUUGGAUAACUGCAAGGCUGUCGAACAUAUCCGGGAUAAAUGCCUGAAUCAGCUGCGGAACAAGGAUGCUUGCAAGUCAGCAUUGGACCGCCUACAACAUUUUGCCAUUCGGUUACACACUUCGUUCAUUCUGUCAGUUUGUUGUCGGCCAGCUUUGAUGCGUUCCGAGAGUACCCGUCUCGACGCGCCACAAAAGAAGUUCCUCGCCGACAGAUGCAAGCUGAAUCUGACCGAGACAGUGCGCAUGUUUCUCGCCAUGCACCAGCUUUCAGUCAUUCCCACUCGUUCAUGGGCCUUCACCUACCAUGGGCUUUCCUCGGCUGUGCUUCUGGGAAUUCUGGGUGACUCCAAAGGGGAUCCUGAAGUCCGCCAACUGCAAGGGGACCUGAUAUCGGCGCUUUCGGCAACAGCAGCCAAGGAGCAAACGUCCCCCCAACCGCACAUCCAUCGGUCUGACCACGAUAUUGAACUUUCGGGUCCCCUGUCCCGUGCUCUGAUGGCACUCAAGAAUAUCUACGAUCAUGGAUCCGUAAUCGGCCCCGGCCCCAUGAAGGAGAGCGGUGUGAACUCUGGCGCGGGCUCUGGCACCCGAACACCACUGCAGCCAGGGACUCAAUCAGGAUAUCCUAUUCAUGGUCUUCCGCUGCCACAGGACUCCAUUUCCCGGAUGCCCACUAGUUUGGAUCCACAUCAAAAUGCAGCCUUGGCCAUGGCAGAGAUGCAGCAGAACGGAGGACAAUUGGGUGACAUGCAACACAGGCAUGUAUCUCUCUAUACCAGGAUGCAUAUGUUCCCAUCGACAGCUACUGACAGAACGAUCAGCAACAUGCCCUUUGUGUUCCCCCCACCACAGCAAAAUCAGCAACAAUUGAGCGAUGUUUCCAAUUUUGACCCUGCCACCUACAUGUCACCCAUGGACCUGUACGACCACAUUUUCUGGGGUAUGUCAUGUACGAUGUUGCACGUAACAGUGGAACCCAGUUCUAAUUCAAGGUUGACUACAGACACUCCUGAUCCGUUCGGCACUCCGGUAGACUCGAUGAAUUUUGACUUUCUUGCGCACCCACCACCGGGCCAACCACAGCAGCAGUUUUACUUCUAG